AUGUCCACUCUUCCCCGGUGGAGAGGAACAGGUUUCGGGUCCGUCGAGACUGUGACGUCAGACGAUGAUCAGGACUCCCAGUGCUCCGACACAUCAGCAGGAUCUAACCAAUCACAGACGACCGUCAUCUCCAACGUGACGACGUCAACCAUUCGCCAGUCUGAAAAUGAGGUGAAAAUCAGUGAGGCAGAACUGAAUUACCUGUCCUCAGAGGUGUGGAAGACACUUACCUGGCUACGACGAAGACGUGGCUACCUCUCCCCCUCCCGAGUACAUUCGGGGAACCGCCCGGGAGACCCUCCCACUUCGAUCAAGGAAUUGAUACAAGAAGUUAAAAUAAGUCAAGGAUCUAUUGACCUCCUAUUGGACAAAGGUCAAAGAUUCUUGGAGACAUUUCCAGACAUCAAACUUAGGGUUGAUCUGGAAAACUUGGCAUUUUACUGGAGGACUUAUGUGAAGGAGUUGCAGUCGUUUGACAACCUUCAGAGCUGCUGGCUUUCUACUAGGAGGCCAGAGACCAAGACAGGAAAUUGUCACCUGCUGCUCAAACAAGACUUGUCUCCUUUGUCUGACCUUGGUAAGAGGCCGCAGUGCAUCCCAAGGUCACAGGAAUGGAAGCCAUGUGUCUACAGCUAUGUUAAGUCUGUUGAGAAUCAAAAAUCUCAACAGCAUCCACAAGCCCCAGUUACCAAGAUAAACAGGCAAACUCAUGAGAUUGCCAGUCAACCGAGCUCUUCAAUAACGGAAGAGCCAAAAGGUAAAGAAGCAUCUGGUAGCCAUUUUGUACCGAGCUUACAGGUUGGUUCCACUAUACGGAAGUCCACCUGUUUCACCUACCUUCCAGACUUGUAUAAAUCCAAAAACCCUACAACUACCCACCGUUUAUACAGCAGUAUGGAAGGACUUCGCUCUGGUCCCAGAUCGCCACUUUCCGCAAGAAAAGGGGAGGGGAACUUACGCACCUUUUCACCCACUUUCGACAAGACUGGACUAAAGGACAAAAAGCUCGGGUCAAACCCUGAGCUGUCCUUUAUUCCAGACUCGCCUACUGAACCGAAGCGACGAAGAAUGGUGGAUGACAUGUCCAUCUGUAGCAAUGUUAGUAGCCAGGUUAGCAGUCGCUCACAUUCGCCAACACUUUCGAUAAAUUCUGAGACAACUUUGGAUGACAGCUACCUAAGUACUCCCAGUUGCUCACCAGCUGCCACCCUUAAAGAUCAGUUCAAGAAACGCUAUAGCAAAUAUGAACUGACCAUUGAGUCGGAUCUGAUGGAUCAGUGUCUGAUGGACUAUGAUCUUCUGGAGGCUUGUAAGUCUGCAGAAAGCGAUGAGGAGAAUAUUGGCCUCAAUGCCAAAGUUUCGUUGGCCGAGUUCCAGCAGCAGUACCGAGAGCUGUCCCAAUGGCUUGACCAGGUACUCCAGGUGACCAAGCGCACCAUGGGAACUCUGGCCCUAUCUGAGAAGUAUCUCACUCAGAGUUACCACGAAGAGCUACUGAAGCAGUCCCCCCGCCACAAGCUCUUCAAUGAAUAUGCUAAGCAGCUGCUACAGCGCCGCUCUAGCUUGAAAGGGGAGAUAACAAAAUGUCUGAACCAUGUAAACAGCCAGUGGGAGGUGGUAGAGAAGGCUGUGUCCUGUAAAGACAUUUGGCAGGACAAGGAAACUGUGCUAAAAGAUCUUGAGGCAGACAUCGUUUGCCUGAGGAAAUGGCUGGAUGGAGUGGAGCACAGUCUUUCGACAUUUGACAAACCUCACUUCACUGAUGAGGAACUACACAGGAAACUCCUGGAGCAUCAGGUUCUCCAGCGGGAUAUAGAGUCUCACUCCAGGAAUGUCAAUGCAGUGCUGAAGCUGAGUGAGCACCUACAGGAUGAAGCUGCUGUUGAUCGGGUGUUGGAUCACAAUCGUCUGUACCUCGAACGCAGCGCCAACACACUCCAGCAGCGCUGGCACUCUGCGUGGCUUCUCUCUAUAGAGGCUCAAUGUAGGCUGGAAAAUGACUUGAAAACAAAAAAGGUUACUUUCCCGUCCCCAAUACUUGGCAGCAAGUGGACACCAGAUCUGCUCAACUUUGACCUCCAAGGGGGCAAUGUGAGUGGGGCAGGAUUUGACGACAGCUUUGGCCUCCCAUUACGGCAGGCAGACGUUGCUGAGUCACCACUUUUAGAUGAUAGCAGCUUUGGCCUUGAUCAUAGUAGCUUUGUCCUUGACCAGAGCUCAGAGAACCAGAGUGGGAAGGACAGCGCAGUGGUGAGUGAGGUGGAAGGUAAGAUGUCCUCAGAGUACAGCGACUCUGAUCUGGAUAUGUUAAAACAUCACCGCCUCAAGUCCGACUCACGGGACAUAGGCUACAGCAGUGGAACCACAGAAUCACUUGGUCAUAUCAGCACUGAAAGUGACUGUGAGGACAUCAAGAAGCUUAUCGCUGGAGCAGAGCGCCUUGUCACACCCGAACGAACAGGUGUUGGAAAUAAACAGCGCAAAGAGGAUAAUUCCUGUGAUGCAAGUAGUGAGGAAAGUGAUGGCGGAUCGGAUGUGUACUCCACUGCCAGUGAUGAUGGUGGUAGCCAUGAAGCCAUGUUUGACAGUGUUCUUGGACUGGAUUACAAUUCUGAUGCUUCACUACCUCGCAAUCUUCCAGCAUUCCAUAACACAGUGAAACUUCGCCAGCGGAAAUGUAGGAAGGACAGGCCCUGGAGUGCUAUACAACUAACCGACAUCGGUGAUGAAUUUGAUAUAUCAUCUUUGUCUCGGUCAGAAACUGCCAUUGAUCGCCUUAGUUAUGGAAGUGAACACCUGUCAGCCAGCAGUAAGUUGGGUGGCUCUGCUGCCACCUUCCCCCGUGCUGGAGCAAAGCGCAAGUUGUACGAAUCAAGUCAGACAAGUCCUCAUGAUGGAAGUGUUUUUGACUCUAGUGAGUCAGAGGAGACAGAAAGCUCAGCCUGCUCUGACGAUUAUGAAACGGCUCACAGUGACAUCCUGGUGUCGGAUGAGGAUGAUGGUCUCAACAGUACAGCCUCUGUCUCAGAGCCAGCCUGGGAUAACUACCACCAGGUAUAUAUGUCCAUGGGGGAAGAUCAAGAGGAACAACCUUUAACAUGGAACCAGCUUGAAGAAGAUCUUGAGUUUGAUGAAAUCUACCCCUCCCCUAAAAACCUGUCUCUGGUCUCUGCUGAAAUGGAACGAAGGAAAAAGGAAGGAAAGAGUAAACCUCGUCUGCUGACACAGAGCAGUCGUCAUGGAUAUGACAGUGACUCAGAUUUAGAGGAUUUACACUAUUUCCUGGAAGACUCGGCCAGUCAACUGAAAAUAACUGACCACUGCCUUAAGAAACGUAGGAAGGACCAGUUCAGAACAGGCAUUGCAAUGAAUUCCCACAAAUAUGCUGAAAUCAUUGCUACAUGUCAGACAAAUAUAAAUUGUCUGCAGAGUGUUUACAACCACCUGCCUGCUGAAGCCACAGAGUCACAAUUAGAAAACUUAAAAGACAUGCUGUACCAGUGGGAAAAGCUGCAUGCCUUCGCUUGUGAGCGUCAGCAGCAGUCACAGGCAUUGUCUAACAUGUGUAAGAGUAUGAGUGAAGUACAGACUGGGUUACAGAGCUGCGAAGUAGAGGGCAUGCCCCAGCGAUUCUCCUCCAUCACUCAGGUGGAACAAUGUCUCAGGCAGGCACAGAAAAAUCAAGAUGUGCUUCAAAGUGUACAAACAUGUAUCAAAGAUUUGUACAAAACAGGCCAGUGUUUCCGCCAGGAACACCCUUCUAUCAAUCUAGAUGUGUUUGUACAACAGCUGCAGCAGGCUGAUUUGGUGUCAAGUCUCAAACUGGAGAGAGUGAACCAGGAUCUGCCAAACAUCCAGCAUGCCCACAAUCUCUGGAGCGAGUAUAUCUUGUUGCGUGGCCAGCUGAAUGGUUUGCUGUCUGAUGGAUUUACAGAGGAGAAUCUGGACCUUGAGGAUCCCAAUGGACCUUUGUAUAAGGUGGACCAGAUGAUAUCCAGACUGCAGUCCCUCCGUGGCCAGUUAUCUCCCUUUGUUGAUGAGUCGACCAAGGUGGAUAUGACCAUGACAAUGGCUGACAUCCAUGAGCAACUGUUAAUGGCUCAGAAGCACUGUCGACAGCUGGAGCAGCUGGCAGUGUUCAGAAACUCCCAGGAGACUAUGGAGCAAACUGAUAAUAAAACAACCAUGGCUGCAAAUCCAACAACAUUUCCUUCAUCAUCGUCAUCAUCAUCAUCCUUGUUGUCUUGUUCAUCUGCCUCUUGGCUGAAGUCACGCUAUGUGCGAGCAGCUGCUGUGUUCAUGAUGAUGGGAGUGGCCUAUAUGGUCGACCCUGAUCUCGUCAAACGUAUUGGAGACUUUAGUGUCAAUGUCACCCCGGAGCUUCGAUAUGUCAAUGGCCCUCCACCUGUAUAACUAUUGUUGUAUUAUAGUUCUUGUGUGUUAAGGAAUGAAAUACCACCAUAGCAGAAUUUUUUGUUUGUCAUGAAAAUGUCCAAUAAGAGUAAGAAUUAUGGUUUAUAAAAAUAUCAGUAUAAAAACAUUAGUUUGGUAGAAGCUAUCAGUAUUUACCAUUAUGUAGAAAUUUCAUGCAUCACUUGUAUAUGGAAUUGUUUGUAUAUACAUAUAUUAAGGUUAUAUGAAGGAUUAAAGUGGGUUGGAUGGGGGUAGGUUGUGAAUUUGGAGAGUACAUUUUGUAUUUCUGAUAAUGUACAUGUGUUAUGUAAAUAUUUUACACAAAUGUACUAUUUCAGUAAUUACUGAUAAUUGCUUAAACAUAUCUACUGUAAAUAUUUAGUGGAAUUGUUUCUAGGAAGCAGGUCAGUUAUUAAUGGAAAUGAUGAUUGAUUGAUUGAUUAAUUAAAUGAUUGAUCAUUGAUGUGUAUGAUAUGAAAGAGAUAGGUCAGAUCAUAAAAUAUUUAACAUACAACAAUAAAUAGACAAUAAAUAAACUUUUAAAGUAUAUAAACUUGUACAGAGAUGUACUUUGUUGUGGUGGUAUUUCAUAUCUUUUAACACUGUAUAGUAUCUCAUUGGUCAGUGUCUGCUGUAGGACGAACCCUGUCAGCAACAGUACCAUUAUAUAAAGGCAGCUAUAUAUAUAUACACUGAUAUUUUAUCACAUGGGCACGGUGAAUAGGACUCAUGAUGAACCGUUACUUUGUGAUUCUGUGUGACAUCCUCGUACUAAAACCCAUUGGACAAGACGACUUUCAUCACAUAUGAGGCAAUAUGUCACAUGAUGAUAAGUGUCACAUGACAAGUGUUAAAGUCUGUAACCUUGUGAAUUUUCCUCACAUGUUUAAGUGCUUUUAUCACAGUGAAUAACAUGAUAGUGUGUCACACAGAUGAAAUAUAUGUUCAACGAGGAGGAACCAUGUUAUCACUCGUGAAUCACACUGAUAACAGAUACCAAAUAUGGUAGUGUUAUUGUGGAUGUAUAACAACCAUAACUGAUCAGAUAACGGACACAGAAAAAGAUGUUGUUGAUAUCAGUUAUGGACUUAAAAUUGUAAAAUUAUACUGAUGAAUCAUACCAAAUAUGGUAGUGUUAAUGUGGAGUUAUUACCACCCGGACAUUGGACUGAUAUAACAGAUAUCGAGAAAGGUGUUAUGGAGUUGUAAAAUUAUACUGAUAACUCAUACCAAAUAUGGUAGUGUUAUUGUGAAACUAUAAUGGUCAACAGACAUAGAGAAAGGUGUUAUAAAGCUGUGAAAUAUUACUGAUAACAGAUACCAAGAUUGGUAGUGUAGUUUAAUCAGUAAAAGUAUUGUAUUGCUUGUUGAGUUGUUAGAACUCCAUGUAAUGACAGUGCUAUAUAUUACACAUAGAUGUAAUAAUUACCAGAAAAAUAAGACCAUGGACAUGAGUGAAAUGCCCGUACAGGGUUAAUUAAGGAUUCCUGUAGGAGAAAUACCUUGGUUGACAUGGAUUUUACAGGAGCUGUAUCCAAGAGGAAUAACUCUUACAGAUAAAGGAUACCAAGAACAUUCAAAGAUAACUUGGCUUAUCUGAGUACCUACUUGAGUACCUACCCGAGUACCUACCAGAGUACUUACUGCCAAAGUACCUACCCGAGUACCUACCUGAGUACCUACUGCCAGGGUACCUACCUGAAUAUCUGCCAGAGUACCUACCUGAGUACCUACUGCCAGGGUACCUACCUGAAUAUCUGCCAGGGUACCUACCUGAAUAUCUGCCAGAGUAUCUACCUGGGUACCAACAAUGUACUUGAGUGAGUACAUUGUUGUUUCAGAUGUAUGAUAAUUGAAGGCCACCUUCAAUGAUGUUAAGUUAUGGUAAGAAAUAUGAUAUGGUGGGAAGUGCCUGAAUGAUCUUCUGUAAUUACCUAUAUAAACGAAAAAGGGCAACAUAAAGAGAUAAGUUAAUUAUCUGAUUAUUCAUUUAUGUAUGUGUCCUCUUCAUCUAUAUAAACAGUGAUUACUGAUUAAGAUCAAGGUCAACAGAGGUCAGGUUCAUGUUCUUUUUGUAUAUAAUAUUUGUGGUAGGAGUGAAGGAAUAUACAUGUAUAUGCACAAUACCUGGUAACGGUGCCUGCAUUAGGAUCAUGUAUGUAUGUAGUCUAUACGUAUAACCAUGCUACUGUCCAGGGCCUGUUUGUCCAGCUCAAAUCACUAUCAAUAUAUGAAAUCUGUAAAUAAACAAAACUGUAAGGAAAUUCCAAAUUUGAGAUGAAUUUAAACUUGAAGUAGAAAAAUAUUUCAUUAUUUGGAUAUUGUUGGAAAUUAUCAAAUUAUUCACCAUCAUGUUUAUAAUUUUAAUUGAAAUGGUGAUUAAAAAAACAAGUUGUGUGAGACAAAAAUCGUGUUACCAAUUUUUCGCUAAAUUUGCCUGGUGUUUGAUGUUCUAUUGUGUGCUGUUUUGUGGUGGACAUCAGUGGUAACAGAGCUAGGACAGGUGUGCCCUGAUGUCAGUAAGACAGUAGUCAAUCCUAUGUCAGCAUACACUAAGAUCUCACCCUGUUAUAUAUAGCUUGGUUUCAUGUCCUUGGCCAAGUCCUCAUUUUCUAUUGGGUUAUGUUGAUUAAUCAAAUAAAGUAACUUUUAUCAGUUAAAAAGUUAAAAAAGAAAUUGUGAGUUUAAACUAGAAUUUCCAACUUUACUAACAUUAUUAAAAGUGAUAUAAUUCGGAUUUACUGGCAAUACAGAGGCUAUAAAUUGUUAUCCAGACAAGAAGGUGAAAGCUAUGAUGGGUUGAUUUCUUGUAUGAUGCUGUACAUGUUGUGUGUAUAUUGCUGUGAUUACUCUAACCAGUGACUUGUAGGGAGAAACGCACUCAUUGUUGUCUCUCAUUCUCUCAUUCAUAUACAUUCUUCAGGAUUUAUCCAUUUCAUAUCUCAGGAAUUUUACUGCAAGACAUAAAAUCUCAAAUUCUUUUUUAUACUGCUACAAGAUCAAUAAUUGUAAUGUAGGGAAUGGAAAACUACAAUACAGGUACGUGGAAAGAAAUCAUAUUUUUAUUUAAUGGUCGAUCAUAAUGUUGUUUGUGUAAUUCCAUCUAUUGAACUUGGUGAUCAUGUAAGUUGAUUGUUAUUGUAAGAGUUUAAUGAACUUCUUUAUCUCAAUCAAAAUAACAGACAACAUGUCAUAUUAAACCGUCCCAGAAUGAUGAAAAUUUCCACCAUACUACGUUAGCAAGGCAGCUUCUUUUUGUAAGAAAUAAAUGCGGUGCAAAAAAACACACCAGCAUCAAUACUUUGUUUAUAUUUCUAAGUAAAAUCAUUUCAAUGUGAAGGUAGUGCUUUUGAUUUGUCUCUUUUCAAUUUUUUUUCCUGUUUUUUAACCUAACAUUCCUGAAAUUGAAAUCCUGUAAGGGUUAUGGUAAAAUUCAGAUAUUAGUGCAUAGAUAUUUUCAAUACAAACUAGAACAGUUGUUAUUGAAUAGAAAUGGUCCUGGACUUGAUAAUACCUUUAAAACAGCAGAUACAUGUAUAUCCUUCAGCACAACAUUGUUUGAUGUGCAAUUUCUAGUUUCAUUUUACAUAUAUAAUACAAGCUUAUUGGCAGUAUGUUGUCUGAGCUUUCAUGUCCGAUUUCUUUUGAUGUAUCAGAAAGCUUCAUGGAUUUAUUUUUAUAUAUUCCCAUUAUAUAAGUUAUGCCUAUGGGAGACGGAAGACAUGGCAUUUUUAUAUCCUACCACUGAUUCUACAAUAUUCUUGAUUUUAUGUCACAAUUAUGUAGGAAAUAGAAAAUUCAAUUCAGAAUAUUGGUGUCGUAAAUUUAAGAAAACUGAUCUGGUCAAUAAGUACAAUGCUAUAUUGGUCGUGGAUAUUUUACUGUGAUAAUUAAUAAGGAAACAAAGAUUUCUGGUUGUUACCAGAUUGUUAAAAUUGAUGUACAAUUGACAUAAGUAUUGAAUACGACAAUACUUCAUUAAAUUAAUUUAUCUUGCAUUAAGUUAUACAAGAGGGGACACGUGCAUGAUAUAUUGUGUUGUGAUUUUAUUUAAUUUAGAUAUUUAUGCAAAUUAUUAUUUUUAUUUUUAAGAUUGAUUUUAACCAGUUUAUAAGUUGUUGCCCUGUCUUAUUUGGUGUUUACUGGUUGUUUACCUGUAGGUUGUACAGUCAAUGGCUGUCACCAAUGUGAUCUGCCCAGUUAAAAAUGAUACAAUUUAUCCUACAGUAUCAUCAAACAUUACAAUUAUCCAUGCUAUAUUUAGAGAAUUUGCCGACCAGAUUAGGUCUGAGCUUUAUAUAAUACCAGAUGUUAUUUGUUAUUUUGAAAUAUUAAGACAAUGUCAAAUUACACAUUACAAUAUAGGAAUAAUUUUCUCAUUAACAAUAACAAUUAAUGAACCAAAAGUGGUGUAAUUGUACAAUGCUGAUGUUCAUUGUUGGUUUGAAUACUGAACUUGUGACUCAUUUUUCUGAUGAUUUUUUUCAGAUUUCUUCCAUCGAAAAAAACAUAUUUGCCAAAAGUGCCAUGUGUUUCUGAGACUGUGUCAGUUUGCUCCAUUAUAAUAUUGCAUUUUACAAUUGAUUGUCUUAAUCAUGUUGUAUUUUUGUGUCUGUAGGAUUUUGUUGGGUCCUUAAUUAAAGAGAUGAUAUUAUUGAACCUACAUUAAUACUACUAUCCUGAAAUGUUUGUAAACGUUGUUGUAGGGAAUUGAUUGGAACAUAUUACAAAUGUACUUACAGAUCAGAUUAAUACUCAGCAGGAAAAUUGCAAAUCAAACAUGAAAAAGAAAUCGUGUUUAGAUACCAGUGAAAUCCUACAGACUGAAAAAUAAUAUCACAAUUUUUAUUCUCAUUUAUGAUAAUGAUUUCACCUGCUACAGGAUUGAAGACAUUGAAGGUAAGUCUUUGUGUAAGUAACCCUGUGGGGAUGAAACAUUUACCUUUGUAUUAAGUGCUACAUAAGUUUAUAUGUGCGUGAGACUAUAUUUUUAUCUAUAGAAUUUCAUUCAGUGACCAAUAAAUUAUGAAUAAUUUUGUUUUUAAUCCCACAAUGCAAUUUGGCCAAGAAAUAUGUUCUGACCCAAAGGUCACCCUGAGAAGAUAUCUGGUGUACAGUAAGUGUUUUAUUAUAACAAGAUAAGAGUAGAUUUAGUGCUUAUAUUGUCAGUGAACUUGUUUCUUGGUCAUUUUAUUAAAAAAUGUAUUAGGGUUUAAAAAGUGAACAUUUUGACUAAAGAAAACAAAUAAUAAGGUCAUUGAUUUAGGUAUAAACUUUAUUCAGCCAUUGUGUUGGAGGAGAUAUUUCACCCUAAUACAUUUAAGGAUGUAUAUAUUAUGUGGGUAAAAUUACAAAAAAAAAUUUAUAUAUAUAUAUAUUUGAAUAUUUAUUGUGGAAAAUGGUAACAAAAUCAGCUUUCACUAUUUAUUAUUAUCGGUAUUGAAGGAUUCGAUAUGAGAAAUUAGAUAAGAUACAAUUUUUGGAAACUAUUAAUGUACUAGAUAUUAUAGCUGCAUAAUGGUAUACAGCCAGUGUACUUUGAAUUGAGAUGGAUAUUGAUAAGAAGUUGAAGAAAAAACAACAAAUUUGAUUGAAAGAAAAUUGGUCAGAAAAUAAACAAGACGCUCUUCA